AUGGUAGGUGCCGAGGCAUCAUUCAUUCGGAUCGCCGGUGCGGGGCUUCGCCUUUCUUUACUUCUCAAUGCUGCAGCCUGUCAACUCGCGCAGUCAAGGCUAGAGAUUCACAGUAUCGCAAAGGGAAUUUCACUUUUUGCCCUCACUUUGAAAGAUGUGGCAAAGACGCUGGACGCGACAAAGAUGGACCUGUCCCCCGAGGUGACAGACAAGACCUGGGAGAUUGCAAGCCAAGGCCAGAUGAUGUUUGGCGAAAUCGAACACAUGUUGAAUAAGCUUCAACGCACCGAUGCUGAUGACAAUCUCAGAAGACUCCCGAUGCAAGAACGGCUAAAAUGGUGCUUUAGAAAGCAACACGUCACGUACCUGUUGGCCUCACUGGAGUCUUUGAAGCUCAGUCUUAUGGUCAUGAUGCGGAUUCUACAAUUAGCAGAUUUGAUCAAGUCAUGUUCUAGCUUGCCAAGCUCAGAUGCGCCCACGGCAGAUGAUGCCGUCGCCCAAGAGAAAGCAGAAACUCAGAACAUGAUCAUUGUUCGAUACUGGUCCACCAAACGUUUGGAACGUAUGUGGGACUCGGUGGAACAGGAAGCUCUGGACGCUGCCAAUGACCAGACGAGCCAAAGGAUCAACUUGAAUUACUCGAAUACAACUGCAGGAGUAAACCCGCUGGUCGCUGCGGUGACUGGUUCUGGGCCUGAUGUUACCAGGCUUCCUGCCGUGAUAUUUGGAGAUAUCGAUGUGGGACUGAGCGACAUUGAACGCUCUCCAAAGGACAUGGUGCAUCUGUCGGAAAAAGCAAUGAACCGGCUUUUAUCGUUAUGGAUUCCCUCGUUGAGCUCUCCAGAGCUGCGAAAUGCAGGAGCAACCCCCCGAGACAUCGAGACCAGCCGACUUAAGGUCUAUAUUUCGUCCGACAGCGAUGAAGAUAGUGAAAGUCUAAACUCCGAAGGCUCAGGUGUUCGUGGCUAUUAUUUAGAAGGAAAUACGACGGACUGGCGAAAGCCCCAGUCACAGCAAGCCCGCUAUGAGGCUGCCCGAUUGCGCGAUCAGUAUUCCGACUACCAGGCUCAUGUGGAAAGUGAGCCCGAGGACGAAGGGUGUAUACACCCGCAAAACUCCACUGCAAAGUCUCGAACCGCUCCCCCGAGCGAAGAAGGAGAGCAAGAUCGUCACCAGCCAUCAAGCUCAAGCUUCGUGAACGGAGGACGUGGCCACUCUCUUAGCUUUACAUCUGGAUACGCACCCCGUGCACCUCAAAAUCCAGAUCCGAAACAUGUCAGCUUUUCACCACCAAAUCCAACCAUUCCCCGCUCGCGAGCAUCAUCAUACCUUCAGCCUACCUCAAAUAUCCCAGGACCUCCACAACAAAGAUAUACCUCAAACCAAGACCUCUACAGAAGCACCCCACGAUCUAUUCCUGUACCAAACCGCUCCAACCAACCGACGUCUAUGCCUGCUCAUUCACCCCGAGGCACUCCCCCAAGCCCAUCCGAACCCUGGCCCAGGUCCCAGGGAUACGUAUCCAAACCUCGGCACCAUCCCCCAUACCCAAUUUCAUCAUCCUCCCCCGAGUCUAGCUUCCAUUUACCUCCCACAGCUCAGCGGUCCCCGACUCAUUCCCGACGAUCAUCCCGGGAAGAUCGGGAAGAAACUAAAGACCGCAAGAAAGAUUUAAAACGCAGCGCGACUAGAGGAUUAGUAGGGAUUGGCGCUAUUGCCGGGUUUAUGGACGCGCUAGAAGCGUUCCAGAUUCUUUGA